AACAAAUUUCUGGCGGUCUGCUCCUCGGCGAUUUAUCGCAUAAAUACCCGUUGUGUGUAUUGUGAAAAAUACAUCGUGUUUAUCGAUCCAAAACCGCCGCUCCGCGCCGCGUUUUACCGCGACCCGUCAGCUUUAAGGGAACGGCAAGCAAAACAAACAGGUCGACAGAAGAAAGAUAUCGGUUGCCGGUCGGUGCUUCGGUCAGACGGACAGAGAGGUUAUCAAGCGUAGCUCAUUUGCAUGUUGUAACGGUUCGCUUCUCGCGCCGGUGAAAUAUGCGGAUGCGCUCCAGAUCUGUGGUUAUGUUGUCGUAUUAUUCGCAUGUUCGGCCCGUUAUGACGGUCAGUCCGUUCGGGUUUUGUCAGCGUGACAUUUCGCGUUUUUAAAGCGACAUUGCCUUGCAAAGAUCGAAGUCAUUUUUAUUCGCGCAUUUCACUGAUAUAUCGACUAUGCAUACGCGGCGGCUGGUGAAGCGCUCGGUCAUCGGGAGCCGCGUCUACGCGCCGGGUUUAACGGGAGACGCGGCUCCGCUCACGGGAGUGAUCCAGGCUGUCAAACAAGACAACAGAGAUGCCUCGACCGGCCAUCGGCGCAACGUGUACACGGUGCUCAUGCAAGACGGGAGCUUGAAGGAGUACUCGGAGGAGGAGAUUGCACAGAUGACCGCGAAAGCGCCGCUGAAGUCGAGCCUGAAGAGCACCUGUAAUGGUGGCCAGCGGGACGGGCCCACGCAGGGCCAGAAUGGGGGCGUGCAGAGAGGAGAGGCCCCCUCCCUCAGCCCUGAGAGCACAGAGGAGCCACGGGUGCUGGAGCACAAGAGGACGGGACGGGCGCUGGAGCCGGAGAAAGAUCACACCCGCUCUGUGUCUCUGCUGGAACAAAAACGCAAGGUGGUCUCUUCUAGCAUCGACGUACCACAAGCCAGGAAGUCAGAGGAGGAGGUGGACAUGGAUAAGGUGACGGCUGCCAUGGUGUUGACCAGCUUGUCCACUAGUCCUCUGGUGCGCAGCCCUCCUGUAAAAGUUAGUGAGGGUCUGAACGGCUCGUGGAAGGACGGGGGCUUUACUCCAUCCAGCUACAGCAGCAGUGGAUAUUGGAGUUGGAGUGCGCCCAGUGACCAGUCCAACCCAUCCACGCCGUCCCCACCCCUGUCCGCUGACAGUUUCAAACCCUUUCGGAUGCCCAGCCUCAGCGGCCUGCCAGAUGACAACAUCGAUGAGCAUGAUGGGAACAGCUUGCUGUUUGAUGAACCCAUCCCCCGCAAACGCAAGAACUCCAUGAAGGUGAUGUUCAAGUGUCUGUGGAAGAACUGUGGGAAGGUCUUGAGCACAGCAGCCGGGAUCCAAAGGCACAUUCGAACCGUUCACCUGGGGAGGAACUGUGACUCAGAGUGCAGUGACGGAGAGGAGGAUUUCUACUACACUGAGAUCAAGCUGAACACCGACUCUGUGGCGGACGGUUUGAGCAGUCUGUCUCCUGUGUCCCCAUCUGUGCUGUCCCCCCCGCCGGCUUUGGACCAGAGACAGCCGGAUGGCACUAACGGAGCAAAGAGCGAGAACAGCACCACCACCACCACCACCACCACCACCACCUCUCAGCCGCUCUGCUCCCAGCGCACUCUACCUAGUGCACACAGACCACGCCUACCAGGCCUCCCCCACUCACAGCCGAACGCAGGGCUUUGGGGAGCAGCGCUCUCAGACCAUUGCGGUGCUCUCGUCUCCCCCCAGAGCCGCAGGCUCACUCAGGAAGUCACGAGGCGAGGGAAAGAAGUGUCGUAAGGUGUACGGCAUGGAAAACAGAGACAUGUGGUGCACGGCCUGCCGCUGGAAGAAAGCCUGCCAGAGAUUUGUUGACUGAAACAGCUGUGACGGCUUACACACAAAAACAGGGUGGGCUUCCUUUGCAUGCAUAGCAUAAUGAAAUACAUCCCUUCUCUUUCUUACUGACCACAGACCCACCCUGCUUCACCUUAAACCCACAUGGACUUCGAGGGUCAAGCCCUUAUGCAUUCCCUCCUAAACCAUCGCACUCCCAAUCUUUGCAGAUUUCCAACUCUCCCUUUGAGGCGGAUUGCUUUACACUGCAAAAAGUAAAAAAAAAAAAAAAAAAAAAAAAAAAAAAAAAAAAAGACUUGUGAUCCAUCUCUUUUUGUUUGUGUUCAGUAUACUGCUUAAAAACAUUCUUGUCAGUUCCUAAAGGACCAGUCAGGGCAAGACCAGCCUCUGUCCAUGCUCUUUUUAAAAGAGAAGAAAGCUCUCUUUCAGACUGUGCAAGUGCUAUAAACCCAACCGGAGAAAGUGUUUCUUUUUCCAUGGGCACAUUUUCACAUUUCUCCUGCCCAUUUUACUGAAGGUUAAGGGUUGGACAGCGAGAAAACCCUGUCUUCUCAAGAAUGUACCACCACAGGGGUUUGUUUUGGGAUGUUGACUGGACAGCUCCCCUGAAUGGAAAUUUCUCAAUGCAAAAAAAAACAAAAAAACAACGUAAAAAAUAAAUAUGGGAAGAGAAGGACUUUCAGCUCCCCCUUUCAGCCGUGCUGACACAAGCAAUUGCACCUACGAAGGACGGAUUUUAUAUCUCUGGUUUUAUAUUUGCGUUUACCAAUAGGACAUUUCUUUCAGGGAUGCGAUCAGUAAAAGCAAAACCAGCAGUUAGAUUUUACAGCAAAGAACUCAGUGCUUUUUGUCACAGGAAUACCUUCUUGCUACCAAAAAGGGUUUUUUUAUGUGCCAUUUUUUUCUUCUUUUUUUUGCUUUGUGUGUAACUGACUUCAACAGAACGAAGUACAAAGACUGCGAUCAUUAAAACCCAGUGGCACAGACUCGCAUCAAAGUUAGAGAUCGCAAGAAACAGCCAUUCAGGCAACCUCUCCUUCCCAUUGGACUCCAUCUGCAGGAACGAACUGCAUUCAUAUUAGAGCCAUAUAUGAACCGUGGUGGUUUCACGCCACAGUCUGUUGCCUAGAGAGGCUCAACCAACAUGCCCAAGUAAAAAAAAAACUCUGCAAAGUGGUUAAUUUUACCUCUGAAAGGUGAAGAGCUCUUUACCUCUCACCUUUUCCUGACCUCACAGGUUCAAGUAGGAAGUAAUAAAAAUAACAAAUGCCACAUCUACUCCAGCACAGGAGCUGGAAGCACUCAGAUGCGGUGGUGUUAUUAUUCUUCUGUAGUUGGUACAGUAUUGUAUAACACUGGUCACAGGAGGAUGGACGUCUUUUCACGAUGGGCUUCUUUGCAAAGGAUGACCAGAAAAAUUGUCCCACGACGUCAACACUUGGUUUGGCUCUUAAGGAAUAUGGCUGCUUGGUUGUCAAUUGUUAUCUGGCACUGCUUUGGUGGCUCUGAUGCAGUCUAAAAUAUGAUAUCAUCUACGUAACAUCAACAAGCUAGUUAACUCAUAAAUCUGCAAACAAUGCUAAUUGUGAUCAACUCAUUGUCUGUAUCUGUUUUCUUCAUCACACUGUUUCCCUUACUGUCGAUAUAUAUGUAUAUAGAUAAGGUAUAUAGUAUUAAACCCCCAAAACAGAGUGUUUAUGCUCAUCGUAACACUUGGUUUUAAUGGUCGAACGGCUUUGUUCACACUGCACAUAUAUCAGAUUUGUUUGUAUAAUGUAGUCAAUAUCCUAUAGCUCCAAAUGGGUUAUAUACGAAUGCUAUAAACAUCAUCCUGACAAGAGAUUAAAAGAAACAUGGAUCUAAAAGUACAGUAGACUACUUGGAAUCUAGUUACAAUUGACAUUAAGAAAUACGCUCUGAUUUCACACUCAUGAACAUCCUCAGCGGUUCAGAAUACAAAAAACUUGAUCAUUUAAUGUAAUGUAAUUUCAAACAUGUGGUUUGGAUCUGGUUUGUUUAAUGUGGUACAAAAAAAAAUCUAUUGAUUGAAAAAAAAAUAAAUAAAUGUAAAAAAAAAAAAAAAAUCUGAAUUUUGCUGCCUUGUGAAUAAAGCCAAAUAGACCAACAGAAAAAAAACUAAAGGCAUUUUAAAUGUGAAUCUAUAAUUAAGAUCCAUGUAAAAUUAAUAUGAAUCUAAAUAACAUCUCCAAGAAAACACUGUCACUGGUUUAAUGUCUAUAUAGAAAAAAAAGAAAAUUCAGAAACAACCUAGAGUUCAUGACUGUUUCUGCAUUUUGAUCUCUAAUUUUCCUUUUUCUCACUUUCUGUUGACAUGAUUCAACAGAUCUUGCAAGGAAAAGGUCUCCAGGGCCUUGCGUCUUUCCGUAUGACUGGAGGCAACCUGUUUGUGAAAGCACAGCUAUGCUGAAGCCACACACCAGCACCCAUGGGCUCUAGCACUCCAAUUCUACUCCAAUGCUUAUUGAAACUUUUUGUGAUCUCAUGCCAGACAUGAAGUUGAGUUUCAAUAAUUAAACAGCUGCAUAUUUCGGCCCCUCCGCUGGUGUGAGGAACAUCUCAGAGGCUGCUGCUUGUCCCUCCAUUCCCUUCCUGGUGCUAUUUUAGACCAAAGGGUCUAAGAGAUCUCACAGGCGUUUUACGUAAGAGGGCAAGCUGAUGUCUACAGUUGUUUACAUUGAGAAUUGGGGAAACUCUUUCCAUCACGGUUUCCUACAAAUGAGGAAGUAGAAGGAUAUUUCUAAAUGUUAGCUAAAAAUAUGCUCUUGCCUCGGAUAAGCUGUUAUGUGAAGAUAAGAUCACGGUGCAUUUGGUUUCUAAUGAUGUUUCACACACACCUGUCACCAUGGUGCUUUUGUAUUGGCUGCAGUUUUGUUAGCUAGGCCACGGCGCAUUACUCGUGUUCAUUAGGGGUGCUAGUUUUCUUGUGCACAGGCCUUUGUUUUGUCGUACAACGUGUAAUUUAACAUGCACAUGGUGCGUAUCAAGCUGCAACAUGAGUGUGGCGUGUUUUCACUAUUUACUUUCUUUAUCGCCAACUUCGUACACAGGUUAAACAGUAUAUAAUGUACCUUCAAUACUUCUAUAAGCUACCUGGUAAACAGUAUUUAGGACUAGUGCUGCUCAUGAAUACCUACUUGGGUCCAUGUCUCAUAGUAAAGCAGUACAAAGCUUUUAAUGUUCAGAUCCAGCAAGAUGCCGAGGUGUUAGCUGUCUUUAGCCUAAGUAGUCUUCUCUGGUUCCGUGUAAACAUACCGUAUAGGUAAUUAACAACAAUAACUAAUAACGCUAUCAUAUUACUCAAAAUGUGUAACUGUUUUGAUCAGUAUACUAAGCUACUUUAACACGCCGGUGUACAGAUCCUAGGGAACAGAUUAAGAUGCUUCCCAUUCUGAACUUUCACCAGGUCCAGAGUUUAACACGCCAGUUUAGCUGCUUUAAAAGAUGCAGAAAAGUCUCGCCAUCUCUUUUCCCACGCAUCCAUGUGAGGAAAAUCUGAAAGUGCGAUGUUAAUCGGAUACCCAUAUGUCUUUGGUUGGUAUUAGUGUUGGAUCUGUGCAGAUGUUUAGAGUGGGUGUGCGUAUCCCAUGUCAGACUGACCCAAUCUGACUGUCUUAGCGUAGACUGAAUCGUUUGUGUAACUCCAAACCGCCGCUCAGCUAUAGCCAGAUGGCAGAUGGGCCACUCAGUAGUCUACUUACAUAACUUGUGUGUUUGUGUCGAGGCACAAACAGCAAGAACAAGUAGAGGCCGUUGAUGGGACUGAGUCUGCAAAAAAAAAAGAGGCUGUAGUCGAGAGGAACAUUCCAGACUACACAUUUAAAUCUUUUUGUUAUGAAACAGCAUCAUCAGGAUGGAACGUACUCUCUAUUAGGGGGCUUAUAAUAUCUGCUGUCACUGGACAGUAUUGGCAUUCUGCAAUGCAUACUAACGAGAAAUAGCUGCCGGGUUCCCGUGGUAUAUGAUCAGGUCAUGUCUAUCCUAGGUGGAGAGGGGUCCUGAGAGGAUUUGUUUUAGUUUUUUUCCAUGGAGGGGGCCAGUCCCUCUGACCGCUUUCAGGAAUGUAUUUGUAUGAGAAUAUAUAGGAGUCUGACUGUGCCUUGGUGAGGUCUGAGAUUGUGCGUGGAGAUGCACAGAAAAGCAAAGGAAUGUUUCUGGUGUCGGCUUGUCUGAGUUCAUCAUUUCGUCUGGAUUUAAAUGUGUGGGAGUGGAGGCCCCUUUUUUUACUGAUUUGAGGACUAGCUCUCGAUUUAUUUUUUUUUCCAGCUCAAAGAGUCUUUUGAUGAAUUUGAAGCUUUGGGGGUGGGGGGGUGUCUUUUCCCGGUUGUGCUUUGUACACGAUUUUUAGCUACAAUAUCGUAGUUGUUUUUGUCUCGUUGUUUUCAUCUCCGGUUUAGGAAACGCAGCGGGAAACGUUUAAUCAACAUUUCAAACAGGGGUUUGUUAAAUACGGCUGCGUUUUAAGAACUGGGGAGCGUUUUUCUUACAAGAUGCUUAAACAGUGAGAUCAUCCAUUAUUGUCAGAGACUAAAACUCCAGCCUAACCGAUAGGACCAUGCACAGAAGAUCUUAGCAUUAUGAAUCACAAGCUUGGUUGGAUCCAGAUACCGAUUUAUGUUUCCAUCAUGUCUUUCAAAGUAGGGCUGCAUGAUGUGGGGGGAAGAUUUCUGUGCGUGUUUGUCAUUACAAGAUGAUUUUAGCUGCAUAUUGACUUAACAAAUGCACAUUAUAAACGACUCAAACUCCACGUGUUUAUAUGGAGCAGCGUUUACUGCGACACCGACAACACCAGAUCAUAAGCUGCUCAUGUGUAACCGAACACCGUGCUGCGCUUCAGUCUAAAACACACAUUGCAUAUAUUUAUUAAGUUACAUUUUAUGAUUUGAUAUUCGCAUCAAGCCAUUUCAUGAUUUGGGUUUUAAUUUUAACGAAUCAUGCAGCCCUAUCUCAAAAGAUCUCAGACAAUAAGCAGGACAUAAUGCAACACGUUUAUCUCAAGCCUUUUUUGUAUUGAGAGAAAAAACGUCCAAACCCAUCCAAGAAUCUUCAAGAAGUCUCUUUACAUCUUGAAAAUAAGGUGCCAAAAGACACCAUGGGAAUGUAGGCUCAAUGCUCUGAAUGGAUUAUCUCACUGCUGACCUUGUCAAUCAAGAACCAUGUUAACCUCAAGAACUCAAAGACUGUCGCACUGGAUUUUUACACUUUUUCAAGUAUUUGCUGAUCUAACUGUAUUUUUUAAUACUGCAUGUGCAUGCCGAAGAAAACAAACAAAAAAUAUGAUCUGAAUUUAUGAAUGUUGUUUGUGAUGUUUUAUCUGUAAAAACAGGCACAGGGCAGGCAGGCUGCUGUUACUAUAGUAAUGACAUGCAAAAUCUACUUCCUCUGAAAGUGUACUCGUUUCCAUCAUGCGAUUUUAGCAACUUUUCACAGUCGCCCAUUUACAUGCUAUAUUCUGACGCAAAGGGCACAUUUUUAAAAGGGACAGUUAAACACCCCAAAAAAUGAAUAGUGUGGAUAACGGGGCCUUAAAUGCAGAGAACCACUGCGUGAGCCGUUUAGUAUGGAUAAAAAGCAUCCUGAACAUUUUUCAAAACAUCUCUUUUUGUUUUCCAGACAGCAACAUACAGAUUUAGGACAAGUAAAUAUUUUUGGGGGUGAUCUAUAUCUUUAAGAUAAAGUGCUUGACUCUGAUUGGCUGAAGAGCUGAUAGAAACUGCCACAUUCUGCAGUCAUUCCACUGGGUCUGGGCUAAAAGCCAAAUUUGUGUGGCUUCUUAGACCUGUUCUAUACUUAGCAUCGUGUUCUCAUAUCUAGUGAUUUUAUGGGGGCCAUAAAAACAAACAGAUGCUGAUGAUAAAAGAACCAGCUUCUGACCAUCGUUGAACAGGGAAUAAUAACAAACGCCUGAUGGGUACUACAUAAGCACUUCGAAAUGAUCUAAAAGAGAGGACCAGUUCGUCUCGAGGACCAAUGUAGUCAGCCCAAACUGUGCUUUUUUUAAUUUUUGGUUCACACAUUUCUGUCCCAUUGUCUGUUCUUUUGACAUUCCUGAUUUUACAAGUACUGUUUGAUGUUAAGAACGGGCAUCUGAUGCCCUGUGCACAUGAUGGAAGCCUACUGUUUAAAGAGAAAAAGGGAAAACUCAGGAUGUCUUCAUCUUUGCAUGCCGCUGCUAGCAGAAAAAAAUGCAGCAGUUGAGUUGUAAAGCCAUAAAGGAAAAGAGGUGUGUUUGGGGUGACUCAUGCCAUUUACCAAAAUUAUUAUUUUGACCAGUAAGCAAUGUCUAGACUAUAUUCAAUAACUGUGUAUUAUUCAUUAUUGCACACUGACUAUAUGUAUAUUGGAGCUGUUCGUUGAAGAAGGUACUUGACAUCUCUAUGCCAAUGUGAAGGAUAAAGUCAUUGAUGGGGGACAGAAUUUAUUGUAGAUGCAAUAGCUAUAAAUGUAGCUAUGAAUAAAUGGAUGAUAUAUUUAUAUAUGAUUAUAAAAGAAAAUAUUGUUAUCCUGAAGAGGGACACCCUUGAAUUUGGCAGGUUUUAAAAUAACAAAAACAAAAAAAAGACUUUGUACCAUAAAAAGAUUAUACCAUAUUAUGCAUAUAACUUUUUGACAUCAGCACUAACGACCCGGGGAUUAGGCCUACAGCCGAAAUUGUUACUUAGGUUCAAAUUCAACGAAAACCCAAAGAUUAUUUCUCAAAUAAGGCACGACAUAUCACAGCAAAUACUCAGCAUAAAUGUCACUUGGCAUUAACGUAAAAUAACAAUAAUAAGCUUAUUAUGGUGCAGUCGCAUUUGCAAAACUUUGUGGUGAAUUUUUGUGGGCAAACUAGCCUUUUGUCAAUAACCCAGAGGUCACUUCCAAACCAAACAUGUUAACAGUCUGACGAGCUAGAAUCUGCUAAUUUUCACCUGAUUAUUCCCAAAUGCUCGGCUUGCUAGCGACAUGGUUUCAGUUUUCCCGUAGAAAAUUCACGCGCGAAGCUAAACGUGACCGCGCCUUAAAGGGCCAUUCACACGGAACGGGUUGUGGCGUUCAAAAACGCGGGAAAAGUUUCAAAGCACUGCCUGACUUUAAGGGCGUCAGUGUAGCAUUAUUAUUUUUUUUUUUUUACACCGAACAACGACUGAAAACGGCGCCGCGUGUUUUCCAUUCCUAGGCGCGGUUUCCCGCGUUUUUAACAAACCCGCGUCGCGUCUGGAGCGAACGGCCAGUUAUCAAAACGCUGAAGCGUUGUUUAUCCGACGUAGAUGUCGCCUGACACACACUGACCUGUAUCCGAGGCGAUGGGAUAAACGGGCGGCCCGUCUCACCAUUAAUUACAUUUCAUCCUGGGUUUAACGCAGACGUCGCACGCCAGGCCGAGCGCGUCGCGGUGACGUUCGUUUCCCGCCGGGCUCACGUGCGCCGGCCCCCACGCGCCUUUUCGUCUCCGUGCACCCGUCGUAACGCGCGCGUUCAGAGCUCUUUCUUAACGACGGCGAUUGCUGCUGAAGGCCGUCAGCCGGCGACAAUUAACGGAAUGAAAACAAAUGUAGCCCUGUUGUUAAACGGCGUCGAGUAUCAGCAGAAAAGAGGGCCUUAAUUAGAGGAUAUUUUUUAUUAAGGCUUCGUGCCGCUAUAUUUUGUCAUUGUGAGUGUCUGGUCUGUGUUCACUCGGAUACAAUUAUGCAAUUUUAUGCUUUAGUGCACAGGUUUACGCGGCAACACCUGACAAAUAUAACUCAUGAUAGACGGAAAGAAGUUAUUUUUACACCGCUCGCAUUUACGCGCACUAGUCUCGAUAGAGGGAGCCGAUGAUAUUUCAUUAUCUGGACUUGAUAUAAAAUAUCGCAAUACAUUAACUGAAAGCACUUGCUUCGUGUGCAACGUCUUAUACUGUUUAUCUAAUUGCACCGUUUUGUUCCUUCUCCUCGUUUCCCCAAAGUUCAAUAGAUUUUACUCCUCUUCCUCCCGAGGGAGAGAACACUUGGUGACUGUUAUUAUUAUCUAUCUCACUUGCUGGCUGUACUAGUUUUUACUCUGAGCUGUGUGUAAAUAGAAACUGCCAUUGUAAUUGUGCUACGGUGACAAUGUUCUGGUGCUCGUCAGUGCCGCUGUUGUUGUUUUCUUUGGUGUAAAGACCUCUUCCGAGGGGCCCGUAUUCGUACGAGCUCCCGGUUCGUGGUCGUGGAAAAAUAAAGACAAAUUUUUUCGGCAGCUGUUUACUACA